AAUCGAAAUAUAAUUUGAUCAUAACCACUAUUCAACUCAUUUUCAUUUUCAUGAUCGAUCCUACAACCUAAGUCGCAAGAACAAACCCUUACUGCUAAGACAAGACAAGCCCUAUGCCCCUAUGAAUUAUGAUUAUGGCUCAACUAAUAAACCUAAAUUGUGUUUCCAAAUAGGCAAAAUUGCAUCAGUAAUCCUAAUUUUGUUCACUCAAAACCCGCCAUUUCUAAACCCUCACAAAUCACAAAACCCCAACUUUCACCAGUUCAGUUUACUUUUGAAACAAUCAACAAUGGAGAGAAAAUUCACUCUUCUCCACACCGUCGCAACCGCCGGCCUCUUCUCCGCCGUAUCCUUCUGGUAUGGCUUCAUGUUUGGAAGAGAAUCAGCUCGCAAAGAGCUUGGUAGUCUCAUUGAUGAUCUUCGUCGCUCUAAUUCCAAUUCCGCCUCUUCGCCUACUCCUCCUCAAUCUUGAUUGUGUACUUUCUCUCUCCUCUUUGUAGUUGUUUUUGUAAAACUAUUGCUUUGAUGAAUUAAUACACUAAAUCCUGAUUUUGAAUUCAAUUUAUUAGCUCUUAAUUUGUUGUUAAAUUACUGCUGAUUUUCAAUUCUA